AUGUCAGCCUUCAACCUUUUCAAGCUCCCAGUCGAGCUCAUUUAUCUGGUCGUUGAGUAUCUUCCUCCCUCAGAGCUCACAGCAUUCGCGGAGAUCUCAGACACCACCAACAAAAUCAGCAGUCGAGCCAUCAAGGCUCUAACGAUCGAAGCCGUAUUGGACGACUACAAGGUGGCAUGCAAAGCGAACAACCACAGCGCAAUCCUCAGACUUCUCCCCUUCGUCCUUCCCGAACCCCCAGAGUCAUUGAACGCACACAUCGCCCUCCUCCAUGCCUGCCGUACCAGCUGCGGCCCAGCAGUUAACCUCCUCGCCAGCAAAGGGAUCCCCUUCCACGAACACAGCGCCACCAAACAGUGUAAAGACACCAGCUUAGACCUCGCAGACUGGCUCGACACGCCCUUCCUCAGCGCCGCCCGAAACACCACGACCGACGCCCUAAAGGCGCUGUUCGCCAACGGCGCCUCGCUGUCCAACAUCACCUACUUCACCGCAGGGACACCCAGUCUCGCAGGCCUAGCCAUGAACCCGGAUCACUACCUGCACCAUGCGGCCUCUGAGGGCCUUAUCGCUGUCGUGAAGUGGUUACUCGUGGAGAGUCCUGAUUAUGUGGCUGUGGAUAUUGAUAUACCGGAUUUUCUGAAGAGGACGCCACUUAUGUUUGCGGCUUUCACGGGGAAGGUUGAGACGGUCAGGACUUUGCUUGCGCUUGGGGCGAAUGCGUCGCAGUGUGAUUUCCGGGGAUGGGAUGCGCAGCGCAUGGCUGCUCAGAAGAAGGAGUAUGGUGUUGUCGAGGUUAUUUCUGCCCAUAAACAGGCUGAGGCUCGGCGGAAAUGCUGA